GAACCAACCGACAAAAACCCCAAAACACAAACACACAGACACAGACCCAAAAGAUUUUCUCAGCUCAGAAAUUCAAACCUCGACAAGGAUUAGUACUACCACUACUCUACUAGUAAACCCCUCUCUAAACGACACCGUUUUCUUCGCGAUCUCCAAUGGCUUCGAUCUCAGGCAUUUGUUCGUCUUCUCCAUCUCUCAAGCCCCAAAAACCUCUCCUCAGACCAAUCCACUCGCUCCGACGCGACUCGUUGGCGUUCCCAACUCGCUCGCGGACUCAGUCCGUGGCCCGCGAGAUCUCCGCCGAGCUAUCGUCGUCGUCGAAGCCUGAGAUUUUGAAGAAGAAGGAGAAGAUUGAAGCUUUGGAGAAAGAUCCUAGGGCUCUGUGGCGGAGGUACGUGGAUUGGCUGUACCAGCACAAGGACCUAGGGUUGUUCAUCGAUGUGAGUCGGGUCGGGUUCUCGGACGAGUUCGUGGCCGAGAUGGAGCCCCGGUUCGUAGACGCGUUUAGGGCCAUGGAGGAGUUGGAGAGAGGCGCGAUUGCGAACCCGGACGAAGGUCGCAUGGUUGGACACUAUUGGCUUCGGAACCCUAUGCUCGCGCCCAAAUCGUUAUUGAGGACUCAGAUUGAGAGUACUCUCGACGCUGUGUGUAGCUUCGCAAACGACGUCGUCAGUGGUAAGAUUAAACCCCCAUCUUCUCCAGAAGGUCGCUUUACUCAAAUACUUUCUGUUGGGAUUGGAGGUUCAGCUCUUGGACCACAGUUUGUUGCAGAGGCGUUGGCCCCUGAUAAUCCUCCUCUUAAGAUAAGAUUCAUUGACAAUACAGAUCCAGCAGGAAUUGAUCAUCAGAUUGCACAGCUUGGUGAUGAGCUGGCAUCUACCCUUGUAAUAGUGAUUUCAAAGAGUGGAGGCACUCCUGAAACUAGAAAUGGUUUGUUGGAAGUACAGAAGGCUUUUCGAGAAGCUGGCCUGGAGUUUGCAAAACAGGGUGUUGCUAUAACACAAGAAAAUUCAUUAUUAGACAAAACUGCAAGAAUUGAGGGCUGGUUAGCUAGAUUCCCCAUGUUUGACUGGGUGGGUGGUAGAACUUCUGAAAUGUCUGCAGUUGGUCUGCUUCCAGCAGCACUUCAGGGAAUUGACAUAAGAGAAAUGCUUGCUGGUGCAUCAAUAAUGGAUGAGGCAAAUAGAACUACUGUGGUCAGGAAUAAUCCUGCAGCGUUGCUAGCUUUAUGCUGGUAUUGGGCUUCUGAUGGGAUAGGAUCAAAGGAUAUGGUUGUUCUUCCUUACAAGGACAGCCUAUUGUUAUUUAGUCGGUAUUUGCAGCAGUUGGUCAUGGAAUCUAUUGGGAAGGAGUUUGACUUGGAUGGAAAUCGGGUGAAUCAAGGACUUACCGUAUAUGGAAAUAAAGGGAGCACAGAUCAGCAUGCUUAUAUUCAACAACUGAGAGAAGGUGUGCACAAUUUCUUUGUGACAUUCAUUGAGGUGCUUCGUGAUAGACCCCCUGGUCAUGAUUGGGAGCUUGAACCUGGUGUGACAUGUGGCGACUACCUCUUUGGCAUGCUACAGGGAACAAGGUCAGCUUUGUAUUCCAAUAACCGCGAGUCUAUUACAGUAACAGUGCAAGAAGUGACACCUAGAUCUGUGGGUGCACUUAUAGCACUUUAUGAGCGAGCAGUGGGGAUAUAUGCCUCACUUGUCAACAUUAAUGCUUACCACCAACCUGGUGUGGAAGCUGGAAAAAAAGCAGCGGGAGAAGUAUUAGCUCUUCAGAAGCGUGUUUUGACGGUACUCAAUGAGGCCAGUUGUAAAGAGCCUGUAGAACCCUUGACACUUGAGGAAGUAGCUGAGCGUUGCCAUGCUCCUGAAGAUAUCGAAAUGAUUCACAAGAUUAUUGCUCACAUGGCUGCCAAUGAUAGAGCAAUUAUUGCUGAAGGCAGUUGUGGAUCACCACGGAGCUUAAAAGUUUUCACUGGGGAGUGUAAUGUUGACGCGUUGUUUGCUUAAGAUACCAACAAAAAUUGCUUAGUAUUUUACAAUAAAGAACUACAAUAAAUCGUUUUGUUUCCUGUUGAAUGUUUUGCCACUUCAUUGAAAGUGGGUGUUUUUUUUGUUGCGAUAAUUUAUAUAUAAAGAUUCCAUCCAGAGAGUCAUUGUCAA